AUGGACUCAGACAUCCUGCAAGCCUUCCAGAGAGAACUCACCUGCUCCAUCUGCCUGAACUACCUUGUAGACCCAGUUACCAUGGGUUGUGGGCACAGCUUUUGUCAUCCAUGUCUCUGCCUUUUUUGGGAAGAAGCCCAAACUCCUGCUCAUUGCCCUAUGUGCAGGGAGCUAUCACAGCAAAGAGACUUCAAGACCAAUACAUUGAAGAAUCUGGUAUCUAUUGCCAGACAGGCCAGUUUCAAGCAUUUCCUGAACUCUAAGGAGUACAUGUGUGUUACCCAUAAGGAGAGAAAAAAGAUCUUCUGUGAAGAGGACAAGAACCUGCUCUGUUUGCUCUGCUCCAACUCUGAGGAGCACAGGGCUCACAGACACUGUCCCAUUGAGGAGGCUGCUGAGGAAUAUAGGGAGAAGUUUGUAAAACAAAUGAGAUCUUUUUGGAAAAAGAUGAAAGAAAACCAGAGAAAUCUAAAAAUGGAGAACAGAAAAAUUAACCAAUGGGUUUGGUAUGUGCAUUUGCACAGAGAGGCUACCAAGGCAGCUUAUCGAAUGGUGCAUCCAGGUGUCCAUGAGGAAGAAAAAGAACAUUUGGAGACACUUAUAAAGGAACGCAAAAUGACUGUACAGCAACUUAAUAAAAGCAAAGCUAAAAUGCUUAAGAAGAGGAAGCAGCUAAAGAAAGGCUAUAAGGAGCUAAUGAAAACGUGCCAUAAACCAGAUGUGGAGUUACUCCAGGAUUUAGAAGAAACAUUGGCAAUGUGUGAGUUAGUGGUGCUGCACAUGCCUCAGCCUGUGAGGCCACAGCUCAAUGCUCAACCCAUCACUGGACUGGUAGACAGACUUAAACACUUCCAAGUGAACUUUUCCUUCCAUAAUGAAGUAAACGGUCACAAUACCAUGCUGUUUGAUGAUGUGAGAAGUCUGAUAUUUGAACAAGACAAUGAAGAUGAAUCUUUGAAUUCUAACAGAUCAAAGUAUUGUGCCGCAUGGGGAGAUCAGGGCUUCUCCUCUGGGAAACAUUACUGGGAGGUGGAUGUGAGUGACUCCUGGGACUGGGCUAUAGGAGUCUGUAGGGAAUGUGUGGUAAGGACGAAUCACACCGUGAUGGAAUUUCAGGACAUGUUUCUCCUUUUAUGUGUGAAGGAGGAUAAACAUUUCAAUCUCUUGACUAUCUCCCCAAUAUUUUCUCUGUAUAUACAGAGACCUCUGGGCUCUGUUGGUGUUUUCCUUGAUUUCCAAAGUGAAAGCAUGAGUUUUUUGAAUGUUGCCAAGAGUUCCCUUAUAUGGCGAUCCCCUGCUGGGUCCCUGAAUUUCCUCUUGCAGAAACCUAAUCUGGAUGGGGCUUCAGGAAUCCUAACUAAUAUAAAAGCUUCCCAAAGGAAAAAAAUUGUUCUCUUCAGAGGCACUUGCAUUUGGCUAGACUGCGGAAAUCUUAAGAAGUUACAGUUUCCAUCCAGAAAGCCCAGAAGACACAGAACCCCUGAGCCACUUGGAUGGAUUUUCCUGCAAGCACUUAUAACACCAAAUGCAGAAUCUUCAGUGCCUGAAGGAACGUCUAAGACACAGACCAAGAAGCUGCAGAAACAGUACAGUGUAGACCAAGACCUCUGGUUCAGGACUUUGUCACCUAAGGUGAAUGAGGCAUACAAAGAGAAAAGUUAUGGGAAGCAGAAGAACAUGACGAGGAUCAGAGAUCUGAACCCCAAGUUCAGAAGAAUACAGCAGCAGUCCCAAUCAGCCGAGGGUCUGCAAGAAGACCUGGUAGAGAAACUGGAGUUGAAGUCUCCAGGGAGGGAUUCACAAGAGACUGCACAGAUGCUGAUCAACUAA